ACUAGUCACAACAAAAACAUAAGCUUAAUUAGUAAAUAUACAUUAACAGUAAAACAAAACAAAUUGUACAACGGAAAAAUAAUUCUCGCAUAAAAUGGACGAUUCAAAUGGUUUAAUUUACGGCCUGGAAUUACAAGCUCGAGCUUUAGCACCACAAUUGGGUGAAAGUAAUGAAAUCAGAUAUUUUAUUGCCACUAAUUCCUUGAAACCGACCAACCAAGUACAUUUGGUAGAGUACAAUGAGGAAAGAUCGACUAUUACAUCGAAAAUAUUUGAACAUACAAUGGGCGAAGUAUGGAAAUUAAAUGCAAAUCCUCAUGAUUUGUACGAAGUUGCGACAUGUUUUAAUGAGCAAAAUGGAAAUAGUUUUAAAACUAAAGCUGCUCUACUGUCGUACAGCGAUGAGGAUAGCGGAGAGGUAGGGGUAAAAUCCGAAUUUUUAUCGUGGCAUAAAAUGGAAGUUUUAGAUACAGAAAAACACGGUGAAAAAGUAAAAACGGUGGAAUUCCAUCCUAAUCACAUUGAAACUUUGGCGUGUGUAGUGGAUAACAAAAUAGUUCUAUUCGAUCGAGGAGAAGCAGAAACUAGACAAAUUGCAGAAGUAACGUCUACGGGAUCUGCUUCGAAACAUAUUAAUCCUUUUAAUACAGGGAAAUGGUCCUACCACCAUCAAGGUCAACAAUUUGUAGCUCUGCAUGAUACGCAUAUUAGAGCCUACGAUAUACGUGACCCUCAACACGUAACGUGGUCGAUUGACGAUGCUCAUGGACAGUUGGUCCGCGACAUUGACUGCAACCCAAAUAAACAAUGCCACUUUGUUACGGGGGGUGACGAUGGCUUUAUAAAAAUAUGGGAUUGUCGCAUGCCAAAAGAACCGGUAUUUGCUCGUAACGAUCAUGCCCAUUGGGUGUGGUCCGUCCGCUUUAAUACAUUCCACGACCAGCUAGUUUUAAGUAGUUCCAGUGAUUGUAAGGUAUUGUUAACAUGUGCUGGUUCAGUAAGCUCUGAAGCUGUUGAAGAGCUAACAGUAAAUAAUCAUAAAGAGGAAGUACAGCGAAAGUUUUUAGCGGAUGGCUUAUUGCAGGCAUUUGAUCAACACGAGGAUUCAGUAUAUUGUGUUGAAUGGAGCAAUGUUGAUCCUUGGAUAUUCGCUUCGCUUAGUUAUGACGGCCGUUUAUUGAUCUCAAAAGUACCCAAACAAUAUAAAUAUCAAAUUAUUUUGUAAUCUUUUGUAUGUCUACAUUAUAUUAAAAAGGUAUUACUAAGUACAUACAUAUAAUAUUACUUAAAUUGCUAAAUUUAUCUAUACAAAUAAAUGUUUUAUCUAACCAGUA